AUGGGGGAUGGACUUGUUAGGCCCUUUUCCCAGGCCCCAGGACAAGUCGAAUACCUGAUUGUGGGAAUAGACUAUUUCACAAAAUGGAUAGAAGCAGAACCAUUAGCCUCCAUCACAGCCCAAAAAAGUCGGAGGUUCAUCUACAAGAAUAUCAUCACAAGAUAUGGGAUACCAUAUUCCAUCAAUACAGAUAACAGAACGCAGUUCACCGACUCUACCUUUAGAAGCCUAGUGGCCAGUAUGAAGAUCAAACACCAGUUCACCUCGGUGGAACAUCCACAAGCAAAUGGACAAGGCGAGGCAACCAACAAAGUCAUACUGGCAGAGCUGAAGAAAAGGCUACAAGAUGCAAAAGGAGCCUGGGCUGAGGAGCUCCCACAAGUGUUAUGGGCUUACCGGACAACGCCACAAUCCGCCAUUGGAGAAACGCCCUUCCGACUAGUCUACGGCGUAGAAGCCAUAAUACCAAUAGAAAUCAGCGAACGAAGCCCAAGGGUGAUUCUCCAUGAUGAGAUCGGAAACAUACAGGGAAACGACAUUGGAGUCAACAAAUUAGGGGAGGGAAAACUCGCUGCUAAUUGGAAAAGACCAUACAAAGUCAAUGAGGUCUUAGGAAAAGGUUAUUAUAAAGUGACCGACCUGAACGGCACCGAGUUACCGAGGUCGCGGCAUGCUUGUAAUAUGAAAAGGCCAAAAGAAAUUGUUCAGUUGCCACCACCACCAACAACAAAGAUAAAGAGUUCCAAAAAAGGGGGACCCACAGGCCGGGCCCCCAUAUAG